UGUAAACAAAAGAAAGAAAGUGAGAAACAAAAGAAAGAAAAGAAAGAAAAGGGGAAAGAGAAAAAGAGAAAAGGGGAAAGAAAAAAGAAAAAGGAGAGAGAAAAAUAGAAAGGAAGAAUGAAAAAAGAAAAAAGGAGAUGAAAAAAAAACAAAGAAAAAAAAAGUUGAGGAAAAUUAAACCAAGAAAAACGAGAAAGGAAGGAAAAAUUGAAAGAAAAACAAUAAAGGAAAAUUAAAACAAGAAAAAACAAGAAAGGAGGGAAAAAACUGGCAGAACACUAAGGUGACAGGCAGUCCUCAUUAUACGAGACACUUCAGUUCCUCUACAGCCGCGAAGCAGGGCGCUCUACCCUCCCGCAGUAGUCUUGCAUCCACACACUCCAAAGCAGCUUGAGUCAGGAAAGGAACAUAAAUUUUGAUGAAAGAGAAAAGUUCAACCGCAAUGAAAAUAUUCUUGUGUGUUUAAUAAUUGCCGUGGGAAAGGAAAGAAAGGAGCAUUUGUGAAUUGAAAUGUUGCCAAGAAGAAUGAACUGGAAAUUGUUUAGUGGAUGGGGAUGGGCGGUGGCUGGGCGGUGCUUGGCUAGUGGCGUGGUGGUGGUGGUGGUCCUCGCCAUACACCGCCACCACGCCCCCACCAAAGCCUUCAGGAUCAAGUAUAGACCUUUACGCCCCACCACUCGUCAGCCCUUCCUGCCAGACCUCCCGAGCCAGACAAGACCAGGCCAGCCGGCUGACAUUCCCCAACGAUUCCUGCUGGAGGAGGACACAGCUUGUCAUAGGAUGGGGGAGGACGUGGAGGUGGUGGCGUACGUUCACUCAGCCAUCACAAGAGUGGAACAGAGGCAGGAGACGAGGCGAACCUGGGCCAACUCUACCGCCCUCAAAAUGGUGGUGGUGUUCAUGGUAGGCCGCCCCAGGAACAGAAUGGAGCAGGUCUUGAUUCAGAAAGAGAGCUCCUUCCAUCACGAUAUAGUGCAAGGUGACUAUGCUGACCACUACCACCUUCUGAGUUACAAGGCACUGUCCUCCCUGCGCUGGAUCACCAAGAACUGCGCCCACGUGCCCUGGACUCUACAUGCUGACGAUGACGUCCUUGUAGACACCUUCUUCCUGCGGCAGUUCAUCCAGGGACAGGAGAGGAGCCAGGAUAGAGACAAGUUGCACUGUAAGGAACUUGUGGGAGAGAAAGUACAUAGGAAGGGGAAAUGGGGAGUAUUGCCUAGUGAACUGGCAGCCACGCACUACCCUCCAUAUUGCCAAGGGUUCCUCUGGUUACUCCCUACUGCACAGGUGCCGAAACUCCUGCAAGCCUCAGCCUACGUUAACUUCCUGUGGGUGGACGAUGCUUAUAUCACAGGGUUUCUGGCCAUCAAAGCUAACAUAUCCAUUCAUGACAUCAAGGACCUCAUGGCCACCACCAUUCUCGCCUCAGUAGACGUAGGCACUAAACUAGCUUGGGUGCAUCUCCUGUUCAAGAGGCGAUCGGUGGAGUGGCAGCGUAUAUUGAAUCAUUAUCGCGUCCCCGGGUCACCGCAGCCACAGUUCGGACGUGGGCAGUUACCGCGUGUAAAUGAUUCGCUUGUAUUGUAAUUGUCGAGGUGCUGGUUGGUAACGUGUGCGUGGAAUGUUACGUUAAUCUUUCGAAAGCAGCGUUGUAUUGCGUUGUUUUGUUCCAUUCUACCUGUAAUUUGUCUUUCGUAAGUGGGUAGAAAGUUUCCUAGGAAAUUUAUAAAAGCUGAAAGAAAAUAAUCUAACCUCUCAGUCAAGUCUUCCCUAAGUGGUUUGAAAGUUUCCUGCGAAGUGUGAAAGUGGAAAAGCAAUCUGAACUACCCAACAACUCUUUCGUAAGUGGUUUCAGACAUUCCCUGCAAACUAUAAGAAAAAAAAAUUAAGGAAUUAAUUAAUUUCCAUGAACUACUAUCAAAUAAUAAUAAACCUAAUAUGAAAUUUCUUUUGCAAACGAGACCGAGAGAUCAGACGAAAAAAAAAAGAAAAAGAAAAAUGCAGUCUUGCCAGUCAUUCCCAACAGAUCACUCACACCUCUGCCACUUCACCGUGUUAACUUAAAGACAAGAAUUAUCAACUGUGCUACAUCAAUUAAGAAGGAGGGUUUAUCUGCAUACAUUCAAGCAAUUCAGUCUUAAGUGUUGUCAAUUACAAGCUCAAAAAUAUUAUCACCACUCUGAUAGUAUUGUUCCUUUUUCACGUCUCGUACUUGUAAUAAAAAUUCAG